GGGAUGCACACAAGCGGGGGGAAUUCUAACGGGGCACCCUGUGAGUUCCCCUUUCUCUACAAUGGGACCUGGCACCACAGCUGUCUGCCUGGCACUGAAGACAAGACGCUGGACUGGUGCUCCACCACAGCAAACUAUGAUCUACAGAAGAAGUGGGGGAAUUGCCUGAAGCAUGUGGAAGGAUGCAUUGAUUUAUGGGAGAAAGCCCCAGUGAAAGGACGCUGCUAUCAGGUCGUCUCCACAGCGGUGGUGACCUGGCACGAGGCGCGGGAUGCCUGUCGUAGUCAAGGCGGAGAUCUGCUCAGCGUGUCUAGCCCUCAAGAGCUUGAGUUCUUUAAAAAUCAGAAAGACUUGCCAAGCAAGCUGUGGAUCGGCUUGAACCAUCUGGACUGGAUGCAGGGUUGGCAGUGGUCAGAUGGAUCAGCUUUAUAUUUUGCCCCUUGGGAAACAGGCAUCCCAAUCAGAUCCCUUAUGUCGGACGAGGACUGUGGAGUUCUGAAGGAGCCGCUGCGUUUCGGCGCAGAGACGUGUGAAAAUCGGCUUCCCUUCAUCUGCAUGAAGAAUGACAAAGACAGUGAGAGUACAGUCAGGGAGGUAUAUAAGCCCACGGCGUGUAAAGAGGGUUGGAUUGGGUGGAAAGGAUUCUGUUAUAAACUCCACAGUAGAACAGAGUCAAAACUGUCCCAGCAUGAAGCUCUGAGCAUGUGUCGGAUGGAUGACUCUGAGCUUGCCAGCAUGCACAGUUUAGAGGAUAUUGAAAUGCUACACACAAAUUUUCACUCAGAUCUGAAGACAGAGGUAUGGAUUGGUCUUUUGGGUGAUGGAAACACCUCAGUUUUUGAAUGGGUCGAUAAAGUACCAGUUUCUUUCACAUACUGGGCCAGAGCUCAACCUCCACCACUUCUACCAAAUACCUUCCACUGCGUGUACUAUUCAGGAGAGCAUCAUACAUGGUCUGUGUCUGAUUGUGAAAAGCCGAGGGCUUACAUGUGUAAGUCGAAUGGGAGUGUGAAUGAGAGCGCCCCAGAGGAAGGCUGCCCUUCAGACGGGAGUUGGAAGAGACAUGGCAAUGCUUGCUAUAAAGUGGACACUGAGCUGGUGUUCUAUAAAAACAGCUGCCACAUCACCAUUAAUAACAGAUUUGAACAGGCCUUCAUUAACAGUCUUCUGAAAGAGCACAUCAGCACUGAGGUGUUGUAUUUCUGGACGGGGCUACAGGACACUAAAGGGUCCAGGGAGUACCAUUGGAUCGGUCAGGAUGGGACAGCAGACCAGGUCACCUACACCAACUGGAAAUGGCUAGAACCAGCUUUCGCCAGUGGCUGUAUGGUGAUGUCUACUGGGAAUCCUUUGGGCCAGUGGGCUGUUAAGAACUGCACUCUGUUCAAAGCUGGCAGAAUCUGUAAGAAACCCAUCAAAUCAAUGGUCCAACCCACCCCAGAUCCAGUUGAGCCCAAUCUCAAUGCUUCCUGUGCACCAGGAUGGGUCUCAAAGGAAGGCCUAAAGUACUGUUACAUGGUGUUUCACGAGGAGCGUUUGACCAGGAAGCGCUCGUGGGAAGAGGCGGAGCGUUUCUGUGAGGCACUAGGGGGGCAUUUGCCCAGCUUCACUGAGGCUAAAGAUAUGCAAGCGUUACAUUACAUCCUGAGAGACUCUAUCAGUGAUAAUCGUUUUUUCUGGGUGGGACUAAAUCGCAGAAAUCCAAAUAACAACAAUAACUGGGAGUGGAGUGAUGGGCGUCCAGUCUCCAUGAUGAUCUUUCCUGAGGAAUUCAAUGAAGAUGAUGUCUAUAACAGGGACUGCGUUGCCUUUAAGACUUUGAAAGGAACCUACAAGCCAUUUCUCUUCCUCCUGUUUCAUAAUGUUCCUCCACGGCCUUUUUAUCCCAGCGUCUUUCACUGCAACGCCAAACUGGAAUGGGUGUGUCAGAUACCACGAGGUCAAACACCAAAAACACCAGAGUGGUACAACCCAGAUGGGCACCAUAACACAUCAGUGUUUAUAGACGGCCAGGAGUUCUGGUUUGUAGCAGAGCCAAAGUUGUCCUUCGAGGAGGCCGUCUUGUACUGCAGCAGCAACAGCAGCAAACUCGCCGCACCCGACACCCUUAAUGCCGCACGCCGCCUACAGGAACGACUUUUUGAGCAUUCAGAACAGGUGAAUUUAAAGUGGUGGGCAGACCUUCGUUACCCUGGUCCUCAUGUUCCCUUUAUGCUCAGCCCCAUGCACUACUAUUAUUCAGCGUUUCUGGGAAGGUGCCCCUCUAUCACUCCCAUGUCAUUUGAACCUGGUUUCAGUGGCAAAUGUAAUGAAAAACAGCCGUUUGUGUGCGAGACACUGAACGUCACUUCUGCGGAGAAAGGAAGCCCAGAACCGCCCCCUGCCAGCACCCCAUGUGCGAGCACUUCCAGGCACUUCAGAAAAAAGUGCUAUUGGGUUUUAUCCCAGUCUUAUUUCCAAACCUUCAAAGACGCCAAUGAGUUCUGCAAGUCACUGACAGGCACUAUGCUCACCAUAUCUGACCAAGUUGAACAGGAUUUCAUCACUACAAUGUUACCGGAGUUACCCGGACAGCCUCAGAAAGUCUGGAUUGGCCUAAAGUUCAAACUUCAUGACACUCAGUGGGUGGACAACUCGCCAGUUGCAUAUCUGAACUUCAAUCCUCUCCUGCAUGGCCAGUUACGACCCAUAUUCAUCAAUACGUUUGAACAGGACUCCAUGGAGCUCUGUGCCUACAUGUAUAAUGAUGAUCAUUCUGACAUGAUGGGCACCUGGGACUACACCACCUGCUCCGACCGCCAGAAUCUCAGCAUCUGCCAGCAUCCUGCAGAUGAACAAAAGGAACCUGAGCAUAAGGAUGAUUUCACAGUUCAUAAUCAUACAUUUAAGGUGGUACAGCAAGGCAAUUUAACAUGGAUAGAGGCUCUUCAGUUGUGCCGGAGCUACAAUAUGGACUUGGCCAGCGUACCUGACGCAUAUGUCCAAGCAGUGCUCACAGUUGAAGUCUCUCGAAGAGGACAGCCCCUCUGGAUUGGACUCUUCAGUGAAGAUGAAGGGGAGCACUACCGCUGGACAGACCACAGCCACACUGAGUUUAACCGCUGGACCUCUGAAGCCACCAAAGGAGCCUGUGUGUAUCUGGACAGUGACGGUUUCUGGAAGGCAACCGAGUGUGAGGAUGAGCUUUCAGGAGUGAUCUGCCACAUCCCACACAAUGAGACCGUCACACCUGAAGUAGAUUCGGCCAAAUGUCCUCACAAAAGCAAUGGACAGAACUGGAUCCGCUUUAAGGAGAACUGCUACACGUUACUGCUGGGGGCCUCCAGAUGGGGCAACAACGACAUCAUUGAUCAGCAGAUCUGCAUGUCUCUUGCCGGGGCCGGAGAAAUCCUGGCAAUCCGUGAUGAGGCAGAGAACGAUUUCAUCAGGCAACAGUUACAGCCAUUCAAAAAUUUAGUCAGGUUUGUGUGGCUGGGAAUGAACAAAAACAAGACAGAUGAGCAGCUGAAGUGGCUAGAUGGCAGCAAUGUGCAGUUUUCUAACUGGAAAUAUGGUCUAAGACCAAACCUCACAGAGUCCUUCAUAGUUGGUCUCAACUUAAUCGGAGAGUGGGAAAUGAUAACAAAUCAACGUCUUUUCAAUGCCUUCAAACAGAGGAGUAUUGUGGUGUGCAAGAUUGAAAAUGAUACCAAAGAGGAGUUCAUGAAGGGUGUGGUUGAUGUUAAUACUCCGGAUGGCAUAAGUUACCGUCGGGUGGCCAAAAGAAUGGAUUGGUAUCAGGCAUUGCAAGAGUGUGGACGCAACAGAGGCCAUCUUGCUAGUAUUCCUGACAAAACCACUAACGACAACAUGGCACUGGUCGCCAAACGGGAUGGCUUUUCACUCUGGAUUGGCCUCUCCAAACAAGAUGUAAGUGGAUGGCCAUUUGAGUGGUCAGAUGGGAGUGCAGUAAAAUUCAAACCAGAUGGAUUUGUAAACGACGGCCUUGAUUCUGAGGAAAAGUGUGUGUUUGUGGACUCCAAAGGCACCUGGACGGCCGUCAACUGUCAUGCAGCCCAAGAAGGGGCCAUCUGUUACAACCACAUCAGUGAGAAAACUGUUGCAUAUCUCUCUUCUGAAUCCAGCAGCAGUUGUCCCAAGAGUGAUGAUCACUUUUCGUGGGUCCUGUUCAAAGAUCACUGUUAUGCUUUCAACAUGUACAACUACUCUGUCUUUACCAUGGAGAGCGCCAAGAAUGUGUGUCAGAAUCUGGAUUCUUCCUCCAAGCUGUUAACCAUCAAGAGUAAAGAGGAGAAUGAUUUUGUCUCUGACUACAUGAAUAAGAACCCUUCCAUCACAAGCCGAGUGUGGCUGGCGCUCAACGUUGACACCAAUGGUAAGCCCACAGGUUGGCAUGAUGGCAGUGAACUGGACUUCUCUAGCUGGGAUGCAAAUUCAGGCCCACAAUUAUCACGGCAGACGCCGCAGAUCUGCGCAGUCAUGGUGUCCAGCAACGGCUCCUGGACCCACACAAGCUGCUUGAACAGCCGCAGCCGAAUCGUCUGCAAAGCACUUGCCCGUCAUUUUUGA